AUGUUCCUGUUGAUUUACAUAAUAACUGUGCUAGGGAACACCAUCCUGGUCCUCACCAUUACAGCCGACUGUCACCUUCAAACCCCCAUGUACUUCCUCCUCAUGAACCUGUCACUCUUAGACCUCUGCUACUCCUCCGUCAUUGCCCCCAGAGCCACGGUGAGUUUUCUAACAGACACCAAAGCCAUUUCCUACAGGGGAUGUGCCACCCAAUUCUUCUUCUUCGCUCUCUUUGUAAGUACUGAGGCAUUCAUCCUGACGGCCAUGGCAUAUGAUCGAUACACUGCCAUCUGCAACCCACUCCUGUAUCCCACCACCAUGUCCAAGCCAGUCUGCAUUCAGCUGGUGGUGGGGUCCUAUCUCUGUGGCAGCGUGAACGCCAUGGUGCAAACGAGUUUCACCUUUACUCUGCGCUUCUGUGGCUCUAAUGAGAUUGAUCAUUUCUUCUGUGAUGUUCCACCCCUGCUAAACCUCUCAUGCACUGACACAUACAUCAAUCAAAUGGUGCUGUUUGCCUUAUCGGGCGUCAUCAUAGUGAGCACUGCCCUGAUCAUUCUUGUCUCUUAU